UGGAGCAGACGAGCUGGGAUAAACAUAGGAGAAUCACACGCCUUCGGAGGAGAUUAUAAUUAUACACUCGAUCAGAAACACUCAGUGCUAUGGCUAUGCGUGUCGCUGUGGAAGGCAGUUGGGCGUGAAUGGGAGAACUGGGAGAACUGGGAACCAGCAUGGCACGGCGGUGGAGAAGGAUAGUGCUGAUUGUCCUGCUGUGGGAGCUCCAGUGCACCGUGUGUCGUGAGGUGACUCUCCCACCAGGUCCACUGUACCGUGUAGCAGGGUUCCCCCUGUCUCUGCCCUGCUCUGUUUCAGGCUAUGAGGGUUCAAGGACACAGGACUUUGAGUGGUACAUGUACCGUGAGAGUGCGAAGGAAAUGCAGAUCGGCGUGGCGUCUACUAGAGAUAGUGGCUUUCCCUAUGCCCCUUUCCAGGGCCGAGUGAAAUCAGGAGAAAUUCGGGUGGAAAGGGACUCGGGUGACAAAGCCAGAUUGGUGAUUCAGAGACUUCUUCUGGAAGAUCAGGGACGUUAUGAGUGUUACACCCCAAGCACUGAUACACGAUACCAAGGCACCUACAGUGCGUCUGUGGAUGUCAAAGUGAUUGCAGACACGCUCCUGAUAACCCACUCUCAGGUUCUGAACGGCCAGCCUGUCAUAGAAGGCACAGAGCUUCAGCUGACAUGCACUGCCUCUGUCCAGUCAGCACAGCACACACAUUUGUCUGUCACGUUCGGAAUGCGAAGCAGCACAGGCUCUGGUUCUUUAGGCCACAACCUAAAGGAAGUUAUCUCUAUUGACCGUGAGCUACGUGUAACACCUGGCCGGGGAGGUUCUUAUGAGAAGAGAUAUAAUAAUGGUGAGAUUUCCAUGGAGAAGAGGAGUGGACAUAAAGGAGGGGACCUUUACACUCUAAAAAUAAGCAUGCUGGCCUUGGAGGAUUCCGGUUCAUAUUUUUGCGAAGCAGUACAGUGGAUCUUGGACCCUUCAGGCCAAUGGGAACGCAUCGCCCAGAGGACCGUGGAACUGGGAACUCUCUCUGUGAAGCCACUUGCGGACACUCUGUCUGUGAGCACAGUGCCAGUGGGUGAGGUGGCACUGCAGCCCGGGGCCCCGCUCAGUCUCACCUGUCUAGUGUCGGGCGCGGGUUCAUGGAAUCACUCAGCUCUGCUGGUGCAGUGGUUGCGACGUGGACCGGCAGGAGGAGUGGAGGUGGAGGUGGCCCGCAUGAGUCCAAAUGGAGUGGUGAGCUGGGGCGAUGACAUCAGCAGUGAAGGAGGGGGCAGCAUGGAGAAGGGGGCAGAGGGGAGAUUUUCUCUGCGGCGCUUCGCCACCCACCCAGUUGAUGCUGGACAGUACCGCUGCUCUGUGAGUGUGUAUGCCGGGCAGCUCAGUCCAGCACCGUCCAGUCCUGCUACACUUACUCAGAGGUCUGAGGGUGUAAUGGUCAGCCUUAAGAGUAAAGAGGCCAGUGUUGAGGCCGUCAUCGAGUUACAACAUCGGCCACUCCUGAAACGUGGGAGUACCGUCGCCUUGCUCUGUAACGUCUCCAUUGUGGCCACAGGCCCCUCUCAGGUAGAAGUGCAGUGGUGGCAGAAAAAGUGGGAUCUUAAUGGGAAGGGGGACAAGCCCCGAGUGCCUGCCGCAAGUAGCAUCCUCGCAACACUGACGUAUGAUGGAAUUUCUCGUAUUUACACUGAUGAAAGUGAAUUGAGCGUGGACCGUAUUUCUGCUGGGACCUUCAGACUACGCAUCUUUUCAGCACAUGAGGAUGACCAAGGAGAUUACCAGUGCCAGGUGGUAGUAUGGACCCAGGACUCCACCGGAAGCUGGUACAAGACAGACGCCAAGGCGAAGUCAAACACAGCACAUCUAUAUUUAUAUGCACGCGUUAUUGACCUUCUUCUUAUACCCCUUGUGGUUGGUGUUUCAUCUGCCCUGUUUGUGGGCGUGGUAAUCAUUGCCAUGGUAACGUGCUGCUUCAUGAAUCGACUUGCCAGGCAGCGCUCCAAAAUAAGGAGGUAGGAAAGAGGCCAGAUUCCUUGCAGUGAUAACAGACUGUUUAUUACUGAUCAACUGUAUGUGUGUAUAUAUAAAACUAAGAGUGUACUUGGUGGAGAAAAUGAAGUAUACUGACUUCUGCUGGCAUGUUUGUGAAAGGGUAUUAACUUUAUGAACACACUCAUAUUGUGCCAACAAAAAUUAUGUUGGGAAUAAACUGUAAGCGUUUAAAUUUGAAGGAUUUAAAUCACGUCAGCUGUAUAUAGUGGCUUUUGUUUGUUUGUUUGUUUUGUGUCAAAUGAUGGACCAAUUUUUGGUGUAUGUAUAUUUUUUAUAAAUGUAAUAUGUUUAACAAAUGUGGUUUUUGGUUUAAGAAACCAUAUAUAAUGUUCCUAUAUAGCAUGUCAUAAAUGUUUCACCGUCAUUUUUAUGACGUUUGUGAAACAAUGAAAACUAAGCAAAAUGUUGCACUGACUUCUGGAGAAUAGAAAAACACGCCCUUUCAGGUACUUAUACACUUAUAGCCCACACACAGUCCACACACUCUGUACUGUAAUUAAGCAAAGCCUAGAUGGUAGGAAUUAGUUUACAGUGGGUGGAAUAAGCUAAACACUCCCAACAUCCCAGCAAUUUUGAAAUCAUCUUGGAGCCACUGAAUGAAUAGAACCAUGGCACUACAUUAGUAGAAGUUAGUCGUAUACUGAAUUACGCUAGCAGUGGUAAUACAAAAUGUAAAAAAAAUUCAGUAACCAUAAACAAAACUAAACCACUUGAAAAAAAAUUGAAAAUGCUGAUAAAUGUAAUCUGGUUACUCUGCUGAAAGGCUGAGGGGUGCUCCCCAUACACUGCAAUAAAGCAGUACUUGUAAGUCACAGAAUUUAUGCUGUCAGAAAUUCAGAGACACUAAUUAAAAUGCUGCUGCAGGUCAGGUCAAACUAAACUUGAAUAGAUGCCAAAUUCCCAGCCAAAUUGGCAGCACCAAGGUGGGUUAGGGACCAGCGCAAUUCUUUUUUUCUUUCUUCUUAAAAUGGUAUUUAGGCAUGAUUUCUGUUUUAUUGU